AAAGUUUAAAACCCACAAAAGGCCUAAAAAAUAUAACCGUCCUUGUCCUUUCCUCCACCGACGCAAACAGAGAGAGAUCAAACUGAGCUAACAUGUCUAGUCCUCCUCCAUCGCCACCUCUCUUCAUCAUUAUCUUCUUCAUAACUCUUUUCAAUUCACUCAUCAGCUACAGCUACUCCUCCUCAGCUCAAUCCCCAGCCUGCAAUCUCGCAUGUGGCUCUUUACAGGUCAAGUACCCUUUCGGCACCGGCUACGGCUGCGGUUCUCCUCGCUUCCACCCCUACGUCACCUGCUCGGCCGACCAGCUCCUCCUCCAAACCCACACCGGCUUAUACCCCAUCACAUCCAUAUCCUACACCACCUCCACCUUAACCAUCACACCCCCUUGCAUGUCCACAUGCACCUCUAUGGAGCCGUCUUCCAACUUGGGCCUCGACUGGGCCAGCCCGUUCCAGCUCGGCCCAUCAACUUUCCUCCUCCUCUCGUGCACUCCCGCAACCUCCUCCCUCACAAUCAACUCCUCACCGGUCUGUGACACGUCGUCGUCUCACCUUUGCGCGUCGAUAUACACGUGUCCGUCGGUCAUUGGCCUUGGUCUCCCCCUCUUUCCUCCUACCAACACGUGUUGCGUUUACUCUCCGGCGAACUUUGAUUCCAGAGGUGAACUUGACUUGAGGAAGCUGAAAUGUGAUGGGUAUGUGUCGGUGGUUUCGUUUCGGGAUUACCCGACCGACCCGACCCUGUGGGAGUAUGGGGUGGUGUUGAAGUAUACAAGAGGGGCUUUUGAUGAUUAUUACAUGGAUACUAAGUGCAACACUUGUGAAGCUAGUGGUGGCGUAUGUGGGUAUGAGACUACUUCUGGAGGUAAUAGUUUUGUUUGUGUGUGUAGUGAUGGUGUCAAUGCGACGUCGGAUUGUAACAGUUUUAGUCAGAUUGAAGGAAUCGUUUGGAGUAAAGCUUCUUUGCCAAACUGGAAUAUUUGGAUAGGGACUUUGGCUGGGCUCAUUUUCUGGAUAGCAGCAUGAGUUGGUUCAUCACUUCGUUGUGUUGGUUUCUUGGUAAACUCUAAAAAGAUGUAAUAAAAUUCUAUUGCUCAAGUAAGUCAUAAUAAGGAAUUGAAGUGAAAUUAAUGUUCAGUUUUGUUAGAAGUCCACCAAUUGAAAAUAUGUGGAACAUUUCCUUCUUCAUAAAAACAAAUUCAUUUCCUAACAUAUCAACUAGGUCUUUUCCCUAAUUAAGUGAGUUGGGUCUUGGCCCAUUUACUAGUUAGGGAGAAACAAAGUCCUGCGGGCCUGAUAUAUCCACGGGAAUCUAAUAACCCAAAAUGGACUAUAUAAUUGAUAUGAAUGGGGGUGUGAAUUUUCAACAAAUU